UUGUCUCUUGUGUCCGAUGAAUGGGUGCCAUUUUUUUGGGCCGCUACUGUGUGUCACUGCAGGGACGAAGUGCCACACCGCCGCAUCUAUGUCAAUGGAAUAAUAAGCCUAUGAAUCUUUCAAAACGGCCUAUUUAUGGGACCACGGUUUGUUCAGAGUGGUAGGACAGGAUUGCAGGUUUGGUCUGCCCAUAUCAGCUGUAUCAAUAUAUCACCUGGCAGAGGGGGAGGGGGUGGUGUCUUUCCUGAGUGCCCCUCAGCAGAUGGGAUCAUCAUUCACUCCUCCAAAAAUACAAAUCUGCCACUGGGGCUGUGCUCUGGUUUCUAUAGUUGCCUCUUGUUCUCUCUCUCUCGCUCUCUCCUUCUGUUAUGACAUAAAUAGCCACUCAGUUUUUUAUUUCUCUGCCCCCGUACCAUGUGUUCACUCUGGAGGAGUUUGGCUGGAGCUGCUCGUUACUGGUCAGUGCGGACUCGGGCUUCUAGCCUUGGCCAAGCUUUUCUGUUGGUGAUUGAUUUAGGAGCUACCCUGGACGUUGUCUUGGCCAAAAGCUGUUCAGUAUUGUUCCGUUUGUACCUGAAUACUUCACUCAAAGACAUGCUCUGGAACUUUGGUGACUAGGCCCUCUCCAUGGAUAUAGACACAGACUAUGAGCGGCCCAACGUGGAAACCAUUAAAUGUGUUGUGGUAGGGGACAACGCGGUGGGCAAGACUAGGCUCAUCUGUGCCCGCGCCUGCAAUGCCACCCUCACACAGUACCAGCUGCUCGCCACCCACGUGCCAACUGUCUGGGCCAUUGACCAGUACCGCGUGUGCCAGGAGGUGUUGGAGAGAUCACGGGAUGUUGUGGAUGAGGUCAGUGUGUCCCUGAGACUAUGGGACACCUUCGGUGACCAUCACAAAGACAGACGCUUCGCGUAUGGCAGGUCUGACGUGGUGGUGCUGUGUUUCUCCCUGGCCAACCCCAACUCCCUGCGCCACGUCCGCACCAUGUGGUACCCUGAGAUUAAGCACUUCUGCCCCCGCACCCCUAUCAUCCUGGUGGGCUGCCAGCUGGACCUGCGCUAUGCCGACCUGGAGGCUGUCAACCGCGCCCGCAGACCCCUAGCCAAACCCAUCAAGCCUACAGACAUCCUACCUCCAGAGAGAGGCCACGAGGUGGCAAAGGAGCUGGGCAUUCCCUACUUUGAGACCAGCAUCGUGGCCCAGUUUGGGGUAAAGGAUGUGUUCGACAAUGCUAUCCGUUCUGCCCUUAUCUCCCGUCGCCACCUCCAGUUCUGGAAGUCCCACCUGAAGAGAGUCCAGCGGCCCCUCCUCCAGGCCCCGUUCCUGCCCCCCCGUCCCCCUCGCCCUGUGGUUGGCAUCCCCGACCCCCCUCCCAUCGAUGGAGAGGCCCCUGAUUCCCUCUUCUGCCAGUCGCUGUGCGCCGACGUCCUCUUCCUCCUCCAGGGCGGUGCUACGCGCGUCUUCGCACACAAAGUCUACCUGGCCACAUCCUGCUCCAAGUUCUAUGACCUCUUCACCCUGGACCUGCUGGCUACUGAGUCAGAUUGGGAGGGAGAGGAGCGAGCCGAGAGUGGGGAGGAGGACGAGCAGAACAGGAGAGGGGCCAAAGAGCAGGCGGGGCGCACGAAGAGCUUGGACAUCGAUAAGGAGGGGGAGGGGGGCGCCAGGGGACUCAAACGGCCACCCAUGCUCCAGCAGGGCUCCCUGAGGACUUCCAAAAGUGAUAACGCCCUCCCCGCCAGGAGCCAGUGCCCUCUGGGGCCCCUGGGAGCCGGCCGUGGCCUCUCGGGAUGGGGGAGGGGCUUCCUGAGUGUGUACCUGGAGCACAUAGCUGACCCUGAGACAGGGCGACUUCGCCUCAUGACUGUGGUCUCCAUGGACGGUCUCAUACAGGAAGAACCCUUCCAGGCGGUGCUGCAGUACCUGUACACAGGCAGUCUGGACGAGAGCCGAGGGGGCCUGAUGCAGGUGGCCACCAUCGCCGAGCUGCUGGAGGUGUUUGACCUGAGGAUGAUGGUGGCCAACGUGCUGAACCGUGAAAGCUUCAUGAACCAGGAGAUCACCAAGGCCUUCCAUGUCCGCCGAGCCAACCGCAUCAAAGAGUGCCUCAGCAAGGGUACCUUCGCCGAUGUGGUGUUCCACCUGGACGAUGGAUACCUGCCGGCCCACAAGCCCCUGCUCAUCUCCAGCUGCGACUGGAUGGCGGCCAUGUUCCGGGGAUCCUUCGUGGAGAGCUACAUCGAGGAGGUGUCCAUCCCUGACACCAGUAGCUCCUGUAUGCGUGCAGUGUUGGAGUUCAUGUACUGUGGACUGCUUUCACCCUGUCCUGAUCUGGAGCCUAUUGAGCUUAUCGUCCUAUCCAACCGGCUGUGUCUGCCACGCCUUGUUGCCCUCACAGAGCAGCAUGCUGUGAAUGAGCUGCUCCAGUGGGCGAUGAAGGGAGUGGACAUCGACGGACAGGUGCUGGCUUACCUGGAGUUGGCUCAGUUCCACAAUGCCAAGCAGCUGUCUGCCUGGUGUCUCCAUCACAUCUGCACCAACUACAACAGCGUCUGUCGCAAGUUCCCUAAAGACAUGAAGGUCAUGUCUCCAGAGAACCAGAGGCACUUUGAGAAGCAGCGGUGGCCUCCGGUGUGGUUCCUGAAGGAGGAGGACCGCUACCUGCGCUCUCAGAAGGAGCGCGAGCGCGAGGAGGAGAUCCUACGCAAGCUGCGCACCAAGAGAGGCUGGUGCUUCUCGAGACACCCGUCCUCCUCGCCCCAUGUCUCCUGAGGCUGUCACCCCUCCAUGACCCCUCCUGCUUCUGACCUCUCACCCCAGACUGAGGGAGCCAGCUAUGAGUCUACCACCUCUCCAUGACGGGAGAGCCAAGUCUCCCUUCUGUACGAUUGUGUAUUGGGGGGAGGCUCAGUGACCAGUCCAGUUCUCUGUGCCCAAGAUGGUCUCACCUAGCUGGGCCUCAGUGACCAGUCCAGUCCUGCCUCCUCCCCCUGAGAUCCACCCACCAGCCUGGGGGUGACGAGACUGGGAACAAAAGGGCUCUCUCUCUCUGCCCCUCAGUCACACAGAAUCUAAAGACCAUUCCACAGACCACUGCUAAGACUCCCCUAUGGGGAGGUUACCUCUGCCUUCACGUCUAUUAGACUGUUAGCACACUGGACAAGACCAGAAGCCAGGGGGCGCCAGCUCUGCUUCAACACAUGGAAGGAUGCUUUGUUUGGUUUUAUUUCGCUUAGGGAUUUGAAAUUAGAGUAGAGCCCAUCCCAGAGUUGGGUGUUUUGCCUCAGAGUCUCUGACCACCACCUAUGCCUGUCUGACUUCUCUUCCACAGACUUUGUCAUCCACUUUGGACAGGUUUGACACCAUUUUGUUUUCUCCCGGGUUUCAUCCCAGUGAAGCUCCGUGUUGGAGGUUCUGUUCUAGAAUCAGCUGUGCAAGGGAGAGGCAGUAGAGGUGGUUAGUCUGGGUUGAGGUACCUGCUCAAGCAAAGGUGGUGGUUUGUGAUUCAAGCACCCAUCGUGAUCCCCCACAUAACACCAAGAGGAGAGGCCAACAGUGCUGAACAAAUCCCCCUCAAUGACAUUCAAAGUGAACACUUGAUAGCAUUUCUGGAUCAGAGGGCUAUUUUAUACCACUGCCAUGGGAGGGUGUAAGAAGCCGAACUGAACAGAUUUCUUCUUGCUCUGUCUUAAUUGACCACUAGGGUGCCCCUCAGCCAGCCUGCCUUAACUCCCCCGUACCACAGGGGGCAGCACUGCUCAGGGUUCCAUCAUCAACCCUCACCAGGAGCAAACAGGAGUUUUCUCCCCUGCCUGCAUAUAUCCUUAAUUCUAGUGUCUUUUAACUUUAUUUUAUUACAGCUGUAUUUGAAAGUCAACUGUAGUCUUUUGUCCUCACUGAGUGUUGAAAGCACAUGUAUUAUACCAAAAAAAUGAGGCUGACAUGUUCCCUCCCUCCUGUCUCCUUGCCUUCCUCUUCUUGCCUCCUCCAUAACAUGGCAAAUGUGGGGAGGAAGGGAAUAAGGAAUAGAGGAAGAUCAACUUUUUGACCCCCCCCCCCCCUCUCAGUAUGUUUUUAUAAAGCUGCAAUGUCAGGUAAAACCCAGGUGCCACUGCAGGACUUCCACUCCUUUAGCUGGAAUUGAAAAUGGCGCUCAGGAUGUCCACUAAAAAGACAGUAUGUUUAUGACACACACACACUUAAACAUACAUACAUACACACUCACAUUUACACUUGUACCUGUCUUUUCGGUCCACUAUUUUGGGGGGUUUAUGUCUGCUCAGCCCUUCAUCAGUGUUAAUAUACGGAAACCUUUCAAUCUACCCAUAUAGUGUUACAUUCAGAUGUGCUGCACUAGGGUUAUUUUUUUUCUUAUUAAAAGGUGUCUAAUACACAUUAACGUUAGUGAAUAUAUUCAUAGUAUUAUGAAUUUCAAUGUUGGUCUUUUCAGUAUGAGCUUUGAAGUUGAAUCUUUCCAUUUAUUUGACGGCAUUCUGUCGUUUUCAAUGCCGCGCUAGACCAAAUGUUUCACUUGCUUUUUUUGAUUUCUUGCGCUGCAGAGUGCAGUUCUGUUUUCGUUGUGAGGGAGUGUGCUGCUUCAAUCAUUUUGUCAACAAAGGGAAUGUGUAGUACUGUCUUUUAGUUGAGUGCUAUGGAGUUGGAUUUUGGGCUGCUGAGAACAUCUUAAUAACCCACGGCACCGUCAAGAUCUUAAUGAAUCCAAGACAUUGUAUUACAACAGGCAAGUUGGAAGAAGAAGAAAACAAUAACUAACAAGGCAUUAUUACUGUAUUUUAAUUGCCUUCUUUUUGCACAAAAGUGGUAGUUGUGUGGAAAAAAAGAAGACUUUGUAACAUGUUUCUCUUUACCACCUUCGUUCUAUUUGUGGGUUUGAGAUUUCCACCCCCGCCUUUACCCAGGUGACUGUGGGAGAUAGAUGGAUGGCGUGAAACUUUUUUUUUUUUUAAUCUUUUCUUCACGGGAUGCGUGUUCUAGUCAUCAACAGCUACUGAAAUAGCUAUGCGAUAGGAUCUCAUGAGACCCAAGUGAGAAUUGGGCUGAUUUUUACCCCCCAAAAAAACUGCAAACCUGCAUAUUUGGAAUUGGAACACUGAAAUAGUCCUUGCGCCCCUAUUUCGGACUAGGAUAUUGGAACAUUAAUCUGGGGUUGACAUAGGAACAUAGAGCUAUUUGACUUCCAUGUCCCCUUUCAGUGCCCCAAGGAUGAGCUAUUAAAGUUGUCUUACUAAUGGUAGACAUGCCCUACAAAGCCUUCCCUCAUGGAAGUGCACAUCCACUAUUAGGAAUCGGAGUAUACUCAAAAUGUACAGUGUAAGGUAGUGGUAUACAGUUGCAGACAGGUUCUACAAAGGAUAAUAGUAGAGCUGAUUGAUUCAGUCUCUGGUUAAUGCUUAUACACCCAGUCUCACCCACUCAACCAGGCCAGAGAGGCAGGCCUCUCCCUCGCCUUCCUCCCACGUCUGAGUCUCCCUCUGGGGCUGCAGACCCCAGCGCUACUCCCGGAGAGUUUCUGGGUCUUCGGGUGGUCAGUGGAAACACAGGCCUUAAGUUAGUAGGCGAAGGGGCUGUUAGUAUUGUAAGUUCUCUUAGUCUGUUUCGGUUUGGGAAACUGAUUUAGUCUACAAACUAGCCGAUUACCCUCUGUAAUGCCCUAGAGACCAAGGUUUAGACACCUGUGAUCUAGGGGAUGCGAACGCUUGAGAAUACUGGUUGCCUUGUGUGAAUGCUGUUCAACACUUGUGGGAUGUGGUUAUUAUUUUUGCAUCAUGGCCUAAUUUUGGUUUUGUAAAUGCACCUUUCUCAGUUUUUCAGCAUCGGGUUGCACUUUCCUUCCUUUUGUGGUCUUUUUAGCUCUGACUUUUUUGUGCUUGGCAUGGACAAUUCUUUAACCGGGUUGUUUUAAAAAUGUGAUAUUUUGUAGCAUGGGAUCUUCCUUUCUCCCUUCAACUGUCCAUGUGGCUUUCUAGGGCUUUGACUGAGUGUGUAUCUAUCUCGUCAUGCUCACAUACAAAGGCAACCCGGGCUCAGCUGUAGUAGCGUAGUAUUAGUGACUGAAAUGAAAGCCUCUGUCCAUUAUGUGUGAAGCCUCUCAAGUCAGUCAUACUAUUGUAAUUGUAUAUAAUAUUAUCCUCAUACGUUCAGUUGGCUUGAGUACAGCCUAAAUGUAACGUCAUUGGGGAUCUCAUCAUGACAUUGAGGGUACACAGGAAUGUGUGUACAUGUCAGUAACUAAUGACAAUGGUUAUUGACGUUAGCAAGAUGUGUUGCUUCUUGUACAGUGUUAAAGCAGUAUUUUACCAGGUGUGGGACCAUGGUUUCCCCAGUGUGCUGGUACAGUUGUGGUAGGUUGUGCUCACGUUCUAACGCUAUAUGAAUUCAUACACCUUGGGAAUGUCCUAUUUAUAAAUCGGGCAGCCUUGGGAGCUACAGUGAGAGGAAUGUUUUGAUUGGGCUGAAAUGCAUGUAUACACAGGGAAACAAAUUACGAAGUGGAUCUUUGGCUUUGAACAGCCGUCAAUAGUUGACCCACAUUGCCCCCUAUUGGCCCAUUUCUGUACCUGUGAUUUGAAACGUCACAUUAAGUCCAUACUCUUUUGAUGUCACUUUCACAUCACCUUAAUUUUGCAUCAGCUCAAGAGUGUAGUAUUGUCCAAAGAAAACAUGAGUAUUGCUGAGAAUUUGAAGAAUAUUUUCGACCGUGCCGCUUAUUGACAGAGAACCCCUUGUUGUUGUUGUUGUUUGCCCCUGGUCUGGCGUCUCCUGUGCCUUUUGAUAUGACCUCAUGCUGGCGCCCUCUUGUCGAGCCUCUAGCGGUCAAACAGGGAAAUGGUUCCGAUCGUUUUUUCCACCAUUCAUUUUUCUGUUAGGGAAUUUUAGAAACACUUAAAAUAAAUUGGAUCACUAUAUUUAGCUCUAUUUACUUUCAGAUUUGAACAUUCUAAUUAGCAUCAAAGUAGACAUCAUGAAAGACUACAAAUCCCUGCAAGCUCAUGCCCGUCAUCUGUAACUGACACCUUUGCUAACUGGUUUUGUGUCAAUUUAAAACAUGCACAAGACCGUUUACAUAAUUGUCAAUUUAUAUAAAUGUUGACGCUUUUCAUAACUACAUUUAGCUAACAUUAGAUAGUUAAUCCAGAUAUUCUUACCUUUGCCUCGAUUCGGCAGUCUCGCCCAGAUCAUCAAAGCAUUUGUAGUUCUUUAUGAUAGCCACAUUAGCCUCUAAUUAGCAUUUCAUUUUUUAAAUACAGGCAAAUAUUUUGAUAAAAGUCACCUUGUCCUAGAGAGAUUUACACGAAACACAGCCCUUAUUUGAGGUGUUUCUAAAAUCUCCUAUGGUAAAAAUGAAUGGUGGAAAAACGAUAAUGACUCAUACCAUGGUACUCUAUAGGCUUACUGUACAUAUGAGGAGGGGCCUCUAAACCAAUGCCUUCUGGGUUCAGGUUAGCACCCACCAUGCAGGCUAAAAACACAUGUGCACACACAUUGGACCAGGCGGGUUUCCUCCUUGUCUCUUAGUGCCUGUGGAUUGACCAAUGAUUCCGCCAUCCUAUGCUGUGUACCAAAGGGCCUAUGUUGUUGAGGCCUACAGUAGUCUACAGUAGCUGUGGGGUACACAGUGCAUAAGGCCCCUGACUUGGAGCUUUACAAAUAUGUCACCCAAACCUUGUCGUCACAUCGUCCAAACCAAGCCAGGCUGUAGAUACUAAAUUGUUGAGAAAACAUUGAGAACCAACAGAUUUCAGAUCCAUGAACAAACUGAUCUUUUGCACUUGGCAGUCUGUCAAGGCAUGUCCUUUCUGUCUAUUAUGUAGCCUUAAGUUUACACCAUGUGUGUACUAAUGGAUUAUUAAACCCAGUUUUACCAGCUUGCCUCGGCAGUCACAAAUGGCUUCAACCCAACUCUCGCUCCUGCUCUCUCUCUCUCUCUCUCUCUCGCUCUCUCUCUCUCUGCCUCUCUCUCUCUCUUUCUCUCUUUCUUUCUCUCUUCCUCUCUCUUCCUCUCUCUUCCCCUCUCUCUCUCUCUCUCUCUCUCCUUGUGGCAGAGAUGGCACUAGUGUAGAACUGGGCUAUUCAUUAGAGAUGUAGUGAACCGUCCCACGGUGUAGGGGCGGGGAGUACCACCAAUAAAGAAGGGAGACAGUACCACAAAAUGUGAAGUUGAGCACUACAGUGUCUACCUUUUCUACCAGUGUCUACAAAAUGGCACAACUGCUCCUCUGCUGCAACGAUACUCUCCAGUUAAUUUUGUAAACCUGAUCUCCACUUGUUUGACCCAAAACUGUGUGUUACGCCGCGAUCACUCGCUAGUCAGGAACUCGGAAACUCCGAAAUUUCCGACUUGCUAACUUCUUGAACAGGGCACGUGUAUAACCACCAGCAGUUAGCAAGUCACACAUUUUUUAGAGUUUUAAUAGUUCCAAUUAGCACAUGAAUGCGUCAUUAGCCCAGGACGGAGAGAGCUGGGAGGGACAGAAGCCUUGGUAGGUUGUAGGUGUAUCUCUGCUCUGUGACAUUUUCAUUGUGACUUAUACAUAGUAUUAAUAUGCACUUCUGUUUCCCUCUUCGCAUUUCAAAUGAAUAUUGGUAUUAACUGCUUGUGUUAAUGUUUCUGAAACUGAAAAAGCACACAGACACACACAACACCACGUACACACAAUAUUAAGGGCUUUUUUUAAAGACAACAAUCAGAAUGUUUUGCUGCUUUUGCAAAAAUGUUUUGAAUAAUCCUUUGUAAUAUUUUUUAACCACUGAUUUGUAAAAAAAGAAAACAAAAAGGAAACAAAAUAUAAUUUUUUUGCCGUUUCAGUAUUUUAAUGUUUCACCUGGCUUUUAAUUAAACCCUAAGUAAAUAUUAUCUAUUUGUCCUUUUGUCUUUUGAGCCUAUUGUUCUAUAUCAAUUCUCCAUGAUGCUUCUUGUGCACAGAAAUGUUUUAGAAACUGUGUGUGUGUGUGUGACAAGUGGGAACAUUUCACUGGUACCCACAAGGAAACAGGCUAUUUUAGGCUUAGGAGUUAGGGUUAGAAUUAGGUUUAGGAGCUAAGAUUAGGAUUAUGGUUAGGGAUUAGGGAAAAUAGGAUUUUGAAUGUGAAUCAGUUGUUUGGUCCUCACUAGGAUAGUAAAAUGUGUGUCGUGUCUGUGUCAGGGGAAAGCGACUGCCCUCUCAUUGAAACCACGGAGGUUCAAGGCCAACCGCAGGUACUGCAGGCAUCUUUAGAACAAAACAAGAUCCCAUAUUAUAGUGAAUUAAAAAAGGUGAUCUUCGUGGUCAAUCUUUGUGUAAAUAAAAGAAAUGUUUGAAAGACAA